AUGGAAGCGGCACUGUGGAAAUACCCCACCACCUAUACGCAGAGUAUGAAGACGGUAUUGGUGCAGGAAAUGGUCAGGAUUAACAGGCUAACGAGAAGUCGUGCGAUCUUCGCUUAUGAACAUACAGAAAGCUGUUAAGGUCAGAUAAAUUUAAUAGCUAUUUUAUAGAGUUCUUGUUUGAAGUUUUGACUAAACGUGAAGUAGAAUCUUUAUUCCUUUACAGUCUCUAAGGCAGACUGUGGCCACUGCGACGGGAAGUGUCUGCGCGCCUUAUAGAGAGUCAGAGAAAAUGACUGAAAAUGACUUACUCUAGGUGUCCAAUGCAUAGAGGGUCAAAUAAGACAGGGACUAACUCGUGAUGUCUGUUUAAAGAUAGUUGACUGUAUUACUGGACCCUUUCGAAGUUGUCGCUGACUGAAAACAGUAAAUACAGUUUCCCCUAAGGGGGAAGUAGUACGUCAGGCAACCUCCGUUAUUUCAAAUCAUGUUGCGUUCAUCUGUGUGCGAUAUUGGACGAUAUGUUGCACACUGCACUUGUGUCUAGGAAAUGUACCCGAGACAUAUUACCGUUUCCUCUUACCCCUCCCUGCCGGGUAUAUAUUUUGCUCCUUUUUCUAUGGGUUAGGCAACUUACAGGAUGUUGUUUUCGCUGCGUGUUUAGGAAUGGGACUCACUAAGACGGUUUACCCGACCUUUUAUAUGAUCCCAGGGCCUGGUUGGUAUGCCCUCUGAACUAGAGAAGGUGACUGGCGGCAUCCUUAAAGGCAAAAUCCCUGGUCUGUGGAUGAAGAAGUCUUGCCCAUCUCUUAAACCACUCGGCAGUUACGUCAAUGAUCUGAUUGCUCGCCUCAAGUUUCUUCAAGAGUGGUAAUAUGGGUUUUUCUUCACUCAGGCCUUCUUAA